GUGCCGGGUCUGAGAGCGGCUAUCGAGGAGAAGAUGGUGGAAUCUGCAGUUACAACGUGCACGAUACUCCGUCCCAAACAUUUCGAAAAAUAUCUACCAUCUCAACCUGGCAUUAGAUAUCGGUUACCCGGAGACAAACACAGAUAAUACACCCUAAAGAGAAGCACUCAGUCCGGCGCUGUUUGUUGUCGGGGGGCGAACACGGAGAUUAAUGGUGCCACAACGUGGAGCUGAAGUGAAGACCAAGUUGCAAGAUUAACCUGAUUUAGUUUGCGAGUUGUCCACCAUUUCACACAUUUAGGGACGGAUUUCUCGGGUGUGAAGGUUUAAAGUCCGUUGACUGUUGGUCGACACUUGUUUUUGUUCAAUCUUUGAGGCUCGCGGUUUGUGUUGGCGCCAUAAAAGGGGCUCCUGCUGGGUUUGCCGGCCAGCUAGCCUUAGCUUCUUCGGGAUCAACCGACUGACAACAUGCCACGGAGCAAAAAGGGGAAACGUGGUGGCAGUUCAGGCAAGGGCUCGCUUCGACAAGAAGUGCUUCAGUUGCAGCUGUCAGCCAAGACUGCACUGUCACGUCCAGGAAAGAAUGGAGGGAGAGGCGAAUCUGGAGCCAGUGAUGAUGAUCUGGCAUCCGAUGUACUCAGUCACUACAGCAGUGCCAGUGAGAGUGCCUCAGUGCUGGAUGAGGGAACAGGUGAGGUAGUGGAUGAACAGACUGCUCAGGAGGAAACAGAAGACAAACUGAAGCAAUGUAUUGACAACCUGAUGGAUAAGAGUGCUAAGGUGCGUCUGGCGGCAUUGGAGAGUUUGCGCUCUGCCUUCUCGUCCAGAGUUCUGUAUGACUUCCUGCUGGAGAGGCGCCUCACCAUCAGCGACUGCCUGGAGCGGAGCUUGAAGAAAGGUGGAGGGGAGGAGCAGGCUGCAGCGGCUACACUUUUUGCUCUCCUGUGUGUACAGCUAGGAGGUGGAGUUGAGGGGGAGGAGGGCUUUAAGAUGCUCCGCCCCAUUCUCAGCUCUAUACUGAUUGACAGCUGUGCCAGCCUGUCAGCUCGUCAGCGUUGUGCCCGUGCGUUGGGCUUGUGCUGCUAUGUAUCUGCGUCAGACGAUAUUGACGACUUGUUGAAGUGCAUGGGGCAUUUGGAGAGUGUGUUUGUGGGUGCAUAUCCACUGGGUGAUGGUAGCUUACCCUCUGUUAAAGCUGGCACUCCUGCACUCCACAGCGCCGCCCUACAGGCCUGGGCUCUGCUCUGCACCUUGUGCCCAGCAUCUCGCAUCGAAAGCAUGGUCAACUAUCAUUUGCCACGGCUGCAGGCCUGUUUAGAUAGCAGUGAGGUGAACUUCCGGAUUGCUGUGGGAGAGACUAUCGCUCUACUGUAUGAACUGGGACGAGACCUUGACCAGGAGUUUGAGUAUGAGGAUUGUGACGCGCUGUGUGAGAGUCUGAAGGGUUUAGCUACAGAUGGCAAUAAACAUCGGGCCAAAAACGACCGCCGGAAACAGCGCUCCAUUUUCCGUGAGGUCCUGCAUUACAUUGAGAAUGACGAGUUCUCUGAAGAGAAAAUUCGUUUUGGGGUUGAGGUGAUCUACAUUGAUGGCUGGAUGCGUCGCCGGAUUUAUGAUGCCUUUAAAGAAGUGCUUGAGUCUGGAGUCAGCCACCACCUACAGUUUAACCCACUGCUGAGAGAUAUUUUUGGACUUGGAGCUCCUCUCAUUCUGGACUCUUCUGUCAAAGCCGUCAAGAUCUCCCGCACAGAGAGGCAUCUUUUCAAUUCUGCUGCCUUCAAAGCUCGGACGAAACUACGGAACAAAGUGAGGGACAAACGAGCGGACGUGAUGUGAUGAAGCUUUGGAAUGAUGACGCUGGAGAGGAUGAAGAGAUGCAGAGAGAGGAACACUACACCCCUCCUAUCAGCUCACUUGAAAUGACAAAACAGCGACUGCCAAACCAGGGACAUGACAAUGCAAAGUGUGUGUGUGUGUGUGUGUGUGUGCGCGCAUCAGGACGAGUGAGUGUGUGUAUGGUGUGUAUGGUGUGUAUGGUGUGUCUCAGUUUUAUUUAACAUUACUGAAUGAAAUAACAGAAAGCCUAAAAUGACACAUGCAAUAGGCAGCAUUUUCCCUUAAAAUUUAAUAAGGAAAAAAAAGAAAAAGAUAAAGUACUGUUACUAUGAUGUUGAUGUUGAUGUGCAGUGAUGGUUCUUGGCGGCCUCCAUGAAUUUGCCUUGUGGCCAGUUGGAGUCUUGUAACUUCAGCUGACAAGCAAACAGGAAAAUGCUACAUAUUGCUAGUUUAAACAAACAACUUAAUAUUGUACCUUUGUAAUGACCUCUCGUAUGGCUGUAUUCAGCUUUUCUGUUAAAAUGUAUUUUACUUUCUAAUUUAUUGAGAGUUUUGGGAAAACAGAAGAGCCUUUUUAACAUUUAAAACAUAUGAGCUGUAUACAAAUCUACAGAGUGGGAAACGGCCAAGGAAACCCUUUCUAGUUUUCUAUGUAUGUUUUAUACACAGACUGGCCGUGCAUCUCCAAUCUAAUCGUGAACAUUUAUAGGAUAACGAUCAUAUUAAAGUCUCCUCUCACUGCCAGCAAAUCAUUUCUUUCUUUCGUCCAGAUGCUGACAUCUGGCUUUGUGUGAUUUGACUGGACCAGCCUGAAUGGAUGUUUUAAAAUCCUUUGUUAAAUUAUACACAUUUGUCAAACCAGUUGUGUGCUGGCGGAGAGUCUCAGAUGCUCUGUUCAGUAGUACUAAGUUUUUAAAGGGAUAUUUCAGCCUUUUUCAGUCUAAUUUUUAUCUUCCACAUCUGUAUCAUAUGGUCAGUUACCACAGACGUUUGGAUGCAUCCCUGAACAGACACAGAAAUCCUACAACAGAAAACCCCUCGACUCAAAACUCAUUUAUAAUAGAAGCCAAUGGGCAUUUGCUUCAGCAUCUGAGUAUAUUUUGAGUCAACUGGUUUUUAUUCUUUUCCUAUGUACAGGGAAAUACAUCUAAAUUGUUGUCUGUGAUAAUCGACCCGUAUGAUAUGGAUGCAGCAGAUGGAGUAUUCCUUUAAAACACAUUGGGCCCUGUUCCUCAUUGAGGAACGUUCCUUUCUUUUAUUAGAGCUGAUCUGCUAACGGUCUGGUUAGGAGAGAGAGCCAUUUGCAUGGUGCAGCUGCUAUAUACCCCUUUUCUGUCAAGGAAAGUUUUGAAAUCAGAACAGAAAGCCCAGAUAUGCAUUUUCUCAAAAAUAAAGGGACAAAUAGUUUUACAAUUAACCUUUUUACUAUUUUCCUAAGAUAGAUAGAGAGUAGGUAAUUAAAUGAAUAAUUACAUUAAGGCCAAAAUGUUGAAUUGUCCUUCAAGUGUAUGAGACAUAAAUGCUUCUGCACCCAAAGGGUAAACCUAAUGCAAUGAAUUAUGGCUAAUAAAAUGUUGAAAAUGUGA